AUGUCCAUUGCAUCCAGGGACAUUCCCCUUGUCCAGGACAUUACCCCUUGUCCAGAUCCGCCUAUUAGGAGACAGGAGAGCACUCUGUUCAUCACUGAUGAAUCAAAGGAGCUUCAGAUCUGCAAAUCUGAAAACAUUAAGAACGUUAAAGUUGAAGUAGUACCCAAAGAUUACCAGCAAAACUCAAAGCAUUGCGUCGGAUCUUUCUUAGGGAGUGACCCCACAGGUCUUAAACCCAAGUGUCUUCCUUCUUUCUACUCCUCCAUACCUGUAUCAGUUUGUAUUCCUUCUUUCUACUCCUCCAUAACUGUAUCAGUUUGUAUUCCUUCUUUCUACUCCUCCAUACCUGUAACAGUUUGUAUUCCUUCUUUCUACUCUCCCAUACCUGUAACAGUUUGUAUUCCUUCUUUCUACUCCUCCAUACCUGUAUCAGUUUGUAUUCCUUCUUUCUACUCCCCCAUACCUGUAACAGUUUGUAUUCCUUCUUUCUACUCUCCCAUACCUGUAGCAGUUUGUAUUCCUUCUUUCUACUCUCCCAUACCUGUAACAGUUUGUAUUCCUUCUUUGUACUCCUCCAUACCUGUAUCAGUUUGUAUUCCUUCUCUCUACUCCCCCAUACCUGUAACAGUUUGUAUUCCUUCUUUCUACUCUCCCAUACCUGUAACAGUUUGUAUUCCUUCUUUCUACUUUCCCAUACCUGUAGCAGUUUGUAUUCCUUCUUUUUACUCCCUCAUACCUGUAUCAGUCUGUAUUCCUUCUUUCUACUCUCCCAUACCUGUAACAGUUUGUAUUCCUUCUUUCUACUCUCCCAUACCUGUAACAUCUCCCAUACCUGUAACAGUUUGUAUUCCUUCUUUUUACUCCCUCAUACCUGUAACAGUUUGUAUUCCUUCUUUCUACUCCCCUAUACCUGUAACAGUUUGUAUGCCUUCUUUCUACUCCCCUAUACCUGUAACAGUUUGUAUUCCUUCUUUCUACUCUCCCAUACCUAUAACAGUUUGUAUUCCUUCUUUCUACUCUCCCAUACCUGUAACAGUUUUUUGUAUUCCUUCUUUCUACUCCUCCAUACCUGUAUCAGUUUGUAUUCCUUCUUUCUACUCCCCCAUACCUGUAACAGUUUGUAUUCCUUCUUUCUACUCCUCCAUACCUGUAUCAGUUUGUAUUCCUUCUUUCUACUCCUCCAUAACUGUAUCAGUUUGUAUUCCUUCUUUGCUAUCCUCCAUACCUUGUAAACACUCUCCUAUACCUGUAACAGCCCAUACCUUAACAGUUUGUAUUCCUUCUUCUACUCUCACCUUUUGUAUUCCUUCUUUCUACUCUCCAAUACCUGUAACAGUUUGUAUUCCUUCUUUCUACUCCUCCAUACCUGUAACAGUUUGUAUUCCUUUUUUCUACUCUCCCAUACCUGUAACCGUUUGUAUUCCUUCUUUUUACUCUCCCAUACCUGUAGCAGUUUGUAUUCCUUCUUUCUACUCCUCCAUACCUGUAACAGUUUGUAUUCCUUCUUUCUACUCUCCCAUACCUGUAACAGUUUGUAUUCCUUCUUUCUACUCCCCUAUACCUGUAACAGUUUGUAUUCACUCUUUCUACUAUCCCAUACCUGUAGCAGUUUGUAUUCCUUCUUUCUAUCCCAUACCUGUAAUAGUUUGUAUUCCUUCUUUCUACUCCCCUAUACCUGUAACAGUUUUUAUCCCCUCUUUCUACUAUCCCAUACCUGUAGCAGUUUGUAUUCCUUCUUUCUACUCCUCCAUAUCUGUAACAGUUUGUAUUCCUUCUUUCUACUCCUCCAUACCUGUAACAGUUUGUAUUCCUUCUUUCUACUCUCCCAUACCUGUAGCAGUUUGUAUUCCUUCUUCCUACUCUCCCAUACCUGUAACAGUUUGUAUUCCUUCUUUCUACUCUCCUAUACCUGUAACAGUUUGCAUUCCUUCUUUCUACUCUCCCAUACCUGUAACAGUUUGUAUUCCUUCUUUCUACUCUCCCAUACCUGUAACAGUUUUUUGUAUUCCUUCUUUUUACUCCUCCAUACCUGUAACAGUUUGUAUUCCUUCUUUCUACUCCCCUAUACCUGUAACAGUUUGUAUGCCUUCUUUCUACUCCACUAUACCUGUAACAGUUUGUAUUCCUUCUUUCUACUCUCCCAUACCUGUAACAGUUUGUAUUCCUUCUUUCUACUCUCCCAUACCUGUAACAGUUUGUAUUCCUUUUUCUACUCUCCAUACUGUAAUUUUGUACUCUGUGGAUAUCGUGAUUGUUGGAGUCCGUCGUUCCAGCUAUGGUAGAUUCACAUCAACCUUGCAUUCGAUGUCAAGGCCAGUCCCUUACGGCGCUCCUGAUUGGCUGUUGAGAAGCCAGUCACAGGGCUGGAAACUCUCAGUUUCUCUCAAAAGUUGA